GUUUAUUGACUGUGUAUUUAGACAGUAACAUGUUGGUGCCGUGGUUAUUGGCGUUAGCGGUUUUUGCUGAAUCAGUAACAUGUCGACCAGACCGUAUUGUGGGGGGUGCGCCCACAACUAUUGACCUGUACCCCUCCAUUGUUCAGGUUGACAUACUGAACAUCUGGUCAGGCCUGUGGUCUCAAGGAUGCGCCGCUACCAUCCUUACAUCAAGAAAUGUCUUGUCUGCUGCGCACUGUUUCGAUGGAUCGAACUUCCAACCAAGCCAACGUCGCAUCCGAGCCGGUGCGACAUACAGAAAUUUCGGAGGAUCCUUAGCCUACGUCCAGGAUGUCUACAACCAUCCCUCGUAUGGUACUAACGGCUUCGAGGGCGACAUUAGCGUGAUCAGAUUAGCCAACCCCCUGGUGUACUCCCCCGUCGUCCAGCAGACUUCCAUACCUCCCCAGGACAGCAUCAUCCCUGACAACCUGCCAGUUAUACACGCUGGUUGGGGUGCCACUUCGCAAGGUGGUGCGACGUCAGAAGUUCUGCGAGAUGUCCAAAUCUACACCAUUAACAACACCCUCUGCGCCGAACGGUACGCUUCCCUACUAAACCGCCCUCAAGUCACCGAGAGAAUGAUUUGUGCUGGUAUCCUUGAUGUCGGCGGCAAGGACGCCUGCCAAGGAGACUCCGGAGGACCUUUGUACUACGGGAACAUCACUAUUGGCGUGGUGUCCUGGGGCGAGGGGUGUGCCCACGCCACUCACCCUGGUGUCAGCAUCAAUGUUGCUUCAUUCGUCAACUGGAUUAUUGAUCACACAAUAUAAAUCUACUUCUCGAUCCUAAAGCCUAUCCUGGUGCAAGCCA